AUGGAAAAAGUAAAUAAUGUAACUGAAUUCAUCUUCUGGGGACUUUCUCAGAACCCAGAUGUUGAGGAAGUGUGCUUUGUGGUGUUCUCCUUCUUCUACACUGUCAUUAUUAUUGGGAACCUGCUCAUCAUGCUGACCAUCUGCUUGGAGAAUCUUUUGAAGCUGCCUAUGUAUUUCUUUCUGAAUUCUUUAUCUUUUGUUGACAUAUGCUUCUCUUCAUCCACAGCACCGAAGCUUAUUGCUGACCUAUUAGUGAAGAAGAAAACAAUCUCCUAUGGGGGGUGCAUAUUACAACUCUUUGGGGUUCAUUUCUUUGGUUGUACUGAGAUCUUCAUCCUUAUUGUAAUGGCAUAUGAUCGCUAUGUGGCCAUCUGUAAACCCCUCCACUAUAUGACUAUCAUGGACCGGGAGAGGUGCAAUAAAAUGUUGCUGGGAACAUGGCUGGGUGGAUUCUUGCAUACAGUUAUUCCAGUGGCUCUGGUGCUCCAGCUCCCCUUUUGUGGACCCAAUGAGAUUGAUCACUACUUCUGUGAUGUGCACCCUGUGUUGAAACUUGCUUGCACAGACACACAUAUCAUUGGUGGUGUUGUGACAGCUAACAGUGGUACCAUUACGCUGGGCAGUUUUGUCAUCUUGUUAAUCUCCUACACUAUCAUUCUGGUGUCUCUGAGGAAGCAGUCUGCAGGAAGCAGGCGCAAAGCUCUGUCCACCUGUGGUGCACACAUCGCUGUGGUCAUCAUCUUUUUUGGUCCCUGUACUUUCACAUACAUGCGCCCUGAUAUUACCUUUACAGAGGACAAGAUGGUGGCUGUGUUUUACACUAUUGUCACGCCCAUGUUAAAUCCUAUGAUCUAUACCCUGAGAAAUGCAGAAGUUAAGAAUGCAAUGAAGAGACUGUGGGGAAAAGCAGUGUCCUGGAAAGGUAAUGGGAAAUAG